AUGAGUAAGAAACAUGCUAUCAGAUUACCGGGAGUGUUGUUGGAUGAGCUCAAGGGUCAAAAUUAUGAUGAAGAGGAUAAGAGAUAUCAGUUUCCUAACGUGAAGAAAGUCCAACGCAAUGGUAAAAGAAAAGCUCCUUUGAGCAGAAAAGAACAGAGAAGACAAGAACGUGAGAGUAAGAAAAUAAAGAGGUCUGGAAAUAAUAUUCAGAAAACGUCUACUUCAUUGAAUGUUGAAUCAGCAAAGAAAGAUAGACAAAAUGGUUCUACAGCCGUAAAAUCAUCUCUUAAGAGAGAAAAAGUAAAACUUGGGAUUCAAGUCAAGCCAAAACAAGUCAGAUUCUCCGAGUUCAAUGAGGUGAAAGAGAUUUCGUCUGAUGAUGAGUUAUCAAGUGGUGAUUUCGAUGAUUUCGAUGAAGACGAUCUGAAUGAAGAAGAAUGGGAACAACUACGUGAAUUAGAAGACAGCGACGAAGAAGAAGAGGAUGACGGCGGUGACGACGAUGACGAUGACGAUGACGAUUACGAUGAAGAAGUAGAAGAAGAAGAAGAAGAACCUCUUACGGCUAGAGAAACUAUGGCGAAACUCAAAGCUUUAAAGGAAAAAAAGCGACAAGUGAACCCAUCUGGAAGUGAAAUGGCAGUUGAUGAUGCCCAAAAUUCAUCUGAAGAUGAUGAAAUACUUAAUGAAGAAUACUCAGCCGAUGAUAUGGAUGAUGAUGAAGAGUGCGACAGUGGUUUGGAAGAAAUGAGUGUAGAAGAAACAAUGGCAGCUUUGAAGGCAAUGAAAGAUAAAAAGUUACAAGCCAAGUCUUCCAAAUCUACCACCACUGGUACUGUAGAGAAAGGCUCUAAUAAGAAUAACAAAGAGUCUGGAAAGAAAGAACAGUCUAAAUCAAAGUCUGAGAUUUACAGUCCAUUAACACCAGAGGACAGAGCAGCGAUUGAAAGAGAUGAACUGGAUAUGAAAUAUUAUGCUGGCAAGUUGGGCUUGAAAAACGGUAAAAAAUUGCGUGCCACAGAUGAAUACGAUGCUAUUGGAGGUUUACUAGAGGGUCUUGAGUAUUUUGAAGACUUUGGAGAUGAUGAAAGUGGAGAGGAAAAUGUAGAAGAUGAUAGCAAUGUCUCAGACGAUGGUGAAGAUGAACUAAUAUCGGAAGAUGAUGAAGAUGAAGAUGAACAAACGGAAGAGGGACAAAUCGAAAACCCAUUUUCGUCUGAUGAUGAGUUAUCAAGUGGAGACUUUGAUGAAUUCGACGAAGACGACUUGGAUGAAGAUGAAUGGCAACAACUUCAUGAAUUAGAGGGGAACGCUCCAUCAUCUACACGCACGAAGCAAAAGGAGAACAUUUACGCCGCCCCAGUCAUCGAAGAGAAUAAAUCUUACGUACCACCAUCCUUGAGAAGAAAACAACUUGAGGAAUCUGACUCGGAGACUAACAAGGAAUUGAAAAGAAAAGUUAAAUCAGCUCUGAAUAAACUAUCAGAUUCAAACAGUGCUAUAAUUGUUACCUCCUUGAACGAGCUCUAUGAUAACUAUGCAAGACAAUACGUCAAUGAUGCGAUUAACAAUCAGAUGAUCGAGGUUGUUGCACAGAAGAAUAAAUUAUUGGACACUUUUAUCAUGAAUUAUGCUGGUGUAGCUUUCAGUAUAUGGAAGCUAAGGGGAACUGAAGCCGGUGCUUCCUUUAUUCAAGCAUUGGUCCAGAAAUUCUUAGAGAUUUAUAGUGAACAGAUACAGUCGGCUAGAAAUUCAAAAUCAGACGAGCCAAUAAUGCUGUCUAAGGAAACGACUAAUUUGCUGACUUUGCUGGGCUAUUCCUACAACUUCGGGCUAGUUUCCAGCAGACUGAUAUAUGAUAUCAUCAAGCUAUUAAUUCAAGAACCCAAUGAAUAUACAACCGAACUUCUGUUAAGGAUCAUCUCUGUUUGCGGCCCUUUGAUACGUGGUGAUGAUCCCAGAGCUCUAAAGGAUAUAAUCACGGAACUAUUGGCCAACGUUAAACAGAUGAAGCAAACUCCAAGGCUAAACUUUUUGUUGGAAACUCUGUCCGAUUUAAAGAAUAACAGGUUAAAGCCUUCAGUUCUUGCUGCCAAUCAUCAGACUUUAAAAAAGGGAAUUUUGGGAUCACUUCGCAUCUCAACUUCGGCAUCUUCGGAGCCUUUGCUGGCUUCUCUAGAAGAUAUAAAAAACGUGGAUUCUAAAGGUAAGUGGUGGUUAAUUGGAGCAUCAUGGAAGGGUAAUCAAGAAACUGCUUUCGAUGAGGCUAAUGUCAAAGAAGACAGAACGAUUGCUAAUCAAACAAAUAUAAAAUUGGAUGAUGAUUUACUCUCUGAAAUGAUUGAUUGGAAUGAGAUAGCGAAACAACAGAGGAUGAACACUGAUGUGAGAAGAGCUAUAUUCGUUAGCAUAAUGUCUGCAGAGGAUUAUUUGGAUGCAUUCGCUAAGAUAGAAAAGCUGAACUUGAAGAGUAAACAGAGUCUUGAUAUUUCACGGGUGCUGCUACAUUGCUUGUCAAACGAUGGCACAUCGUCCGGAUACAAUCCAUAUUAUUCAUUAUUAGCAGGAAAACUCUCAGAGCAUAACCACAAACUUUUAAAGUCUUUCCAGUUUUUAUUCUGGGAAAUUGUGAAGAAGUUCGAGCUUGAGACACAUUCAGAUGAUGAGGAAGAUACCUUGUUCAGCAAUGAAGACACUGUUGAUGAAGACACUAGAUUACAAAGAUUGGCUAAGCAAGGCCGAUUCUUUGGCCAUUUAAUAGCAGAAGGUCACUUGAAACUUGAUGCUUUCAAGCAUGUUCCGUUAAUGGCAGGACUCAACUCAGAUGGAAUAAUCUUCUUUGAUAUUUUGCUUUUCCAGUUGUUCCUUUCCGAAGGUAAGGCAGCCGAAAUAAAGAUCAAACGAGAUGGAAAGAAAACAUUUGAGUAUAACUCUGAUGGUUUGUCUUCUUUGAUCGAGAAAGGUAUUAACAUUCAGAAUAAGAAUGUUAUUUUAAAAGCGCUAAGAUGGUUUAUAUCUAAGCAUUUUGAUUAUAUCAAGUAUAUUUCAGGUAUGAAAGGCUCAAAAGAACAUGAUAGAGAAAGUAGAAGACUGUCUUGGGCAGUUGCAUCUUUCAAAAAACUGAUAGAAGAGGAGCUCAAAGGUGCUGAAGAUUGA